GGGAUCUGGUCUCGUCCAGGAUCUGCUUUGGAGAAACAACAACUGGGCCACGCUGCGCAGCAGCAGCAGCACCUUCCCUUCUGCUGCAGAGGCGCAGCGCUCAGCCGUUUGCAGCCCAGCCUCUCGCCCCUCCUCGAAGCCGCAUCCUGGGGCCGAGCUGCGCCUUUACGCGCCCUGACAGGUGCUGCUCCGCGGGGCGGCGGGGACGGAGCUCGCCGAUUGGCAACUCGCGAGGAGAUCGGGAUGAUGUAACCGCACACGUCCCGAUGCCAUUGGCGGAGAGGCGGUCCCGGCCAGCUGACCGAGGUCCAUUGGGCAGGCGGAGGUGUACUUCCCCGCUCCUAGCCUCGGUUGCUGCAAGCAGCCCCGUGCGCAAAAGUGGGCGCUGCUCCCCGCCGGCCUCGCCCCUGCCGGCCCGCGCAGGCUCCCCGGGAGGGCGAGCGGGGGCGAGGGAAGGUAGCCCGGUCCCUGCCCUCCUGAAGAUGGCUUUGCCCUGGAAGAAGAUGGCGUCUGCGUGGCUCCCGCUUCUCUUGCUGCUCCUCGGGGUUCCAAGGGGGAGCCCUUCGCAGCAAGAGCCCUGCCAGACGUGCCGCGACCUGGCCAGCAACUUCAAUAAGGGUCUGGAGCGGACACAGCGAGAGAACUUCGGGGGCGGGAACACGGCCUGGGAAGAAGAGAAGCUUGCAAAAUAUGCAAACAGUGAGACCCGCCUGCUGGAAGUCUUGGAGGGUGUGUGCGCCACAUCAGACUUCGCAUGCCACCAGCUGCUGGAGCAGGGAGAAGACCACGUGGAGCAUUGGUGGUUCCAUGAGCAACAACAGCACCCUGACCUUUUCCAGUGGCUCUGCAUGGAUGCGCUGAAACUCUGCUGCCCUCCCGGCACUUACGGCCCUGACUGCCACACCUGCCCUGGGGGUGCCCAGAAGCCGUGCAGCGGGUAUGGGCAGUGUGACGGUGAUGGCACACGCAGGGGCACCGGCCUGUGCAUGUGCCAGACGGGUUACGGUGGCCCCUUCUGUUCCGAAUGUGGAGAUGGCUACUACGAAGCUUCUCGCAACGACAGCCACCUGGUAUGUGCGGAGUGCUACCGGGCCUGCGGACGCUGUUCAGGCCCCGAAGAUUCAAGCUGCCUUCGCUGCAAGAGGGGCUGGAUGCUACAUGACCGAAGGUGCAUUGACAUAGAUGAAUGUGGCACAGACAUGGCGCACUGCCGGGCCAACCAGUUUUGCGUCAACACCGAGGGGUCCUACGAGUGCCGAGAUUGUGCCAAGGCCUGCAUUGGCUGCAUGGGUGCCGGGCCUUCCCGCUGCAAGAAAUGCAACAAGGGUUAUCGGCGCGAUGGUGUCAAGUGCCUUGAUGUGGAUGAAUGUGCUGAGGACAUGGAAGAACCCGUAUGCACAGGCGCCAACGAGGCCUGUGAGAACACGGAAGGCAGCUACCGGUGUGUCUGCGCAGAGGGACAUGUUCGCAAGGAGGGGAUCUGUGUGGAAGACAAACCCCCAGAUGCUCCGGAGAAAGGAUUCUUUGACGACAUCACGGACGACGAGGUGGUUGUGCUGCAGCAGAUGUUCUUCGGUGCCAUCAUCUGCGCGCUGGCCACCCUAGCUGCGAAAGGAGACAUGGUCUUCACCGCCAUUUUCAUUGGUGCCGUGGCCGCUAUGGCUGGCUACUGGCUGUCUGAGCGCAGUGACCGUGUGCUGGACGGCUUUAUCAAAGGCAGAUAGUGCACGGGCCAAGUGAACGUCCCCUUCAGAGACAUCCUGCCUCAGAGAGCCAGCUGGUGGGCAGGAAUCCCUUGACCUCACCCCUUUAAAAAUCCAGAUUAAAGAGGCAGAAAGGCCAGGCCAUAUCCCACUCUGGGCUGUUGGUAGCCUUGGCCUAGCAUGCUGUGAAGGCAGAAAGGGGACGCGAGAGGAAAUGAGCUCUGCAGUCCCACUUUGGCUUGAGAGGAGGGCUGUUGGCUUCAGAUGGAGGAGGGAAGUACCCCUUAAUGGUGCAAGAGGACUGAUCGGGGUCACCAUCAGUGGGGCCUGAAAAACAGGUCCCCGUUACUCUCUGACUGGCCUGGCCCUCACUGCAUGUGGGAUGAUCUCAAAUGUGUUCCUACCCGUGAAUUCCAGUCUCCCCCACACUGGUCAACUCAGAUGGACCAGGAAAAAGGUUGACUCACUGUGGAAAGAAACACAGGGUGGGUGAGCUUGGAAUUGCUCCCUGCUGGCUCUUGGAGGGGCUGCUUCUGUGGCUGGGAGCUGAUCUACACGUUAUGCUGGAGGAAAUGGCAAAAACUGAGGCAGUACCAUUCUGGACUGUUAGCACUUUGAAUGCUUCUCCCACCUUAAAAAAAAAAUCUCCCUGCAUUCAAUGAGCCAGCAUCAUCAUUGAGAAUCAUAGCUGUCAACUUUCCCCCUUUUUAAAGGGAAAUUCCCUUAUUCCGAAUAGGAUUCUUCGCAAGAAAAGGGAAAAGCUGACAGCUAUGGUGAGAACGGUUUAAGGCAUGGCUAGGGAACCUGAAGUCUCCUAGUUAUUGGUGAACCUCCAUCAUUCCUGAUCACACUGUACAGGCUUGGGUUGAUGGGUGUCCCACAAUAUCUGGAGGACCACAUGUUCCCUAUCUCUGAUUUAGGGAAUAACCUUCUCCCUGAUAGGCUAGCUUACUUAAUGCAGGGAGUUUUAUUGGGAGGGAGCAUACAAAGAUCUAAGGUCCCACUCCCCCCUGCCGUCUGAAGUGGUACAGUCCAGAAUUCUAUUUCCCCCGCCAGUCUCUCCUUGCCUCCUUCUGCAUAAUGUGUGAAACAGCUCCGGUGCUGCCAAGGGGCAGCACGUGAGGCAGAGGAAAGCUUGAUUGGCACGCAUGCCCAUCCUUGCCCCCUCAACCAUUUGUCCGUCCACAUCUCAGGAAAUUAAAGGUCUCUCUGUCCACAUCCCACGUGGUUCUGGCUCUCUCUCUCCUGCGCUAAUUCCAAUUCUAGUGCAGGGUGUGUGUCAAAGCUUGGGACGAGGCCUGCUAUCUCAGCCACUCUUAGAUUUAAGGCGUUGGUUCUAAAAACUGAAAAAUCUCACCGGUUACUACGCACACACGUGACACACAAACAACUGCGUACUCUCAGAUGCAGCUCUCGGAAUAUCCUCUUCUUCCUCCCUUCGCUACCCCCCCCC